CUCUGUUUUAUUUCCGUAUCCGGGCCUGUCGAAAGCUAAAGGCUUGUUGUGGUUGAGAGACGGCUUGAAUUUGCCACAAAAAUGACUCGAUUCGUAGAUUGCUUUUGGGGUUCUGAUUUUACAAGUACUGCUGGAUUUGAUAAUCUGUGCAAACGCUUGAAAGAUGGAAAGCAAACUUGUCAGGAUUUUGAAGAGUUCAUGAAGCAGAGAGCUGAUGUUGAGGAAAAAUAUGGAAAAAGUUUGGUAAGACUUGCUAGGAUGGCUGAAGGAAAAGACGAGAUAGGAUCUUUGAAAAGCUCUUGGGAUUGCCUGCGGCAGGAGACAGAAAAUGUUGGCAAGCUGCAUUUACAACUUGCUCAGCAGUUGCUAGAUGAUUUGGACAAGGCAAUGAGAGAAUUUAGAGAAACACAGAAGAAUAAGCGAAAACAGGUCGAAGAGAAUGUAAAAAGAGCACAAAGAACGAAGAAGACRCACUAUGACAACACUAUAAAGUUUAAAAGGUCCUAUGAGCAAAAGUGUAAAGACCAUGAUGCAGCUGAUGAAGCWCUCAAAKGAUCUGUGUCCWUAGCAAGUAAAGAUGAGGAAAAGUUUCGAUCUAGAUUGGGCAGAGCGAAYACUGCAGUAGAACAAGCAGAUACUGCGUACCAGAAUUCAGUUCGUUCUUUAGAAGAAGCCAGGAUAUCCUGGGAACACGAGAUGGGUAUUUGUUGCAAUAUUUUCCAGGAAUUAGAAGAGGAACGAAUCGCAUACCUUCGCAACGAAAUGUGGGUGUAUGCUAAUCUUGGUUCCAUAACAUGCGUAAAAGAAGACGAGGUGUACGAAGAGAUUCGGAAAUCUCUGGAACAUUGCGACGUCGAUACGGACAUACAGCUGUUCGUUAGCACGAAACGCACAGGAUCAGAGAGACCAGCGCCRAUAGAAUAUGAGAACUAUUAUAUGACGCAGUCUACACAAAAGACCACUGGUGUUAAUACUAUAUCACGUGAUGCCAGCAAGAUGCAGCGUAGACCGCCAGCCGCUUUACCCAGCAUCCCGUCACCAGAAGGAGAAGAUUCACUGGACGUAUAUUCRACGGUCAGUAAUUUCCGUCCGAACACUGGGUUCCAGAAGCCCCAGGGUCCAGCUCGGCAAAAGGAAAAGACAUGCACGGCAUUGUUUGAUUACGAGGCACAGGGAGACCAYGAGCUGACAUUUAAAGCAAAUGACGUCAUUAAGGUUCUCUAUAGAGAGGGAGAUGUCUGGUGCUGUGGGGAAUUAAGAGAUAAGAAGGGUAUGUUCCCUUUUAAUUUCGUUAAGAUGAAUAAUUAACUURUGAAUGCAAAAGAAUUUAUCGCUACAAAAACCGUUAGAAAAUCUAGUAUUUUUGCAUCACAACGACUUUCAAACGCGAAUAAAUACACAAAAAAAAAA